CGCAAUAGAAAAUGUUUGUAGGGUAGGGAUGUUUAUAUAGUUAUCAUAUCAUAUAAAUAAUCGUAAAUUUAUGAUUUCUUAUAAAAAUUUAUUUGUUUUUAUUUUUUUGCCUAUUGUUGCUAACAAUGCGUUAUGUGAUUCCCUCAAGAAUGAUAAUAAUGAUACAUUAGUAAAUAUUGACUUCAGAAUUAAAGAAAAAUCAAAUGAAUAUAUUGUAAUUUUUAAACAUUAUUAUUGGUCCCGUACAAGGGAAAAAUACAUUCGUGCGGCUUUAAGCAGUGAAAAUAUUUCAGAUUUUAAAGUUGUUUUGCGACCAAAGUUGUCGUAUUUGUAUCCCAGUGAUUUCGAUGUGGUAAAGUCUACUAAAAAUGUUGUGCAAAAAUUGUCGUCGCAUCCAGCAAUUAAACAUGUUAGUUCUCAGUCGCACAUUAAGAGAAUACUUUCUUAUACGACCGUAGCUAAUGUGUCUAGAUUAUAUUCUAAGAGCAACACAAAGUUUGUGAAGCAAAAUUUAUUGUUGAAAAAUGUACCCAUGGAGCUAUCAUAUACACUAAAUGCAGAUAUUUUAUGGGAUCGGGGAAUUACUGGAGCGGGAAUAAAAGUUGCUGUUUUUGACACAGGAUUAGCUAAGAAACAUCCACAUUUUCGAAAUAUUAAAGAGCGGACGAAUUGGACAAAUGAGAAAACAUUGGAUGAUGGUGUUAGUCAUGGAACCUUUGUUUCAGGAAUAAUUGCAUCCUCAAAGGAAUGUCUUGGAAUAGCUCCAGAUGUAGAACUUCAUAUUUUCAGAGUUUUUACUAACAACCAGGUUUCGUAUACUUCUUGGUUCCUUGACGCCUUCAAUUAUGCAAUGUUUAGAAAAAUCAAUGUAUUAAACCUAAGCAUUGGCGGACCAGACUUUAUGGAUAAACCUUUUGUUGAUAAAGUAUUAGAACUAUCAGCAAAUAGAGUAAUCAUGGUAUCGGCAAUUGGAAAUGAUGGUCCACUUUAUGGAACUCUAAAUAAUCCUGCAGACCAAAGUGAUGUAAUAGGUGUUGGUGGAAUAAAUUCUGAUGAAAUAGUUGCAAAAUUUAGUUCAAGAGGUAUGACUACUUGGGAAUUGCCAUAUGGAUAUGGGCGACUUAAACCUGAUAUUGUUACAUACGGAAGCCAAGUAAAAGGAAGUAAUUUGGACGGUGGUUGCCGAACACUAUCAGGUACAUCCGUUGCAUCGCCUGUCGUGGCUGGGGCUAUUGCUCUUAUUUUAAGUGGAGCUUCUAACAAAUCCGACGUAAUUAACCCCUCAUCUGUAAAGCAAAUUAUUAUAGAGGGAGCAACAAAAUUGCAACAUAAUAAUAUGUUUGAGCAGGGCUAUGGAAAACUAAACAUUUUAAGAAGUAUGGAACUCCUACUUUCAUAUGAACCGAAAAUUACGCUGAGUCCACCGUAUAUUGACUAUACUGAACCAUAUAUGUGGCCAUACAGCUCACAGCCAAUGUAUUGUGGAAGCAUGCCAUCGAUUGUAAAUGUUACAAUAAUAAAUGGCAUAUCUGUAAGGGGAAAAAUUUCGAGUAACCCAAUAUGGCAUCCAUAUAUAGAUAAACAUGGAGAAUUUAUUGAUGUUAAUAUUACUUAUUCUGCUGUAUUAUGGCCAUGGACUGGAUGGAUGGCUAUUAAAAUAU